AUGGACGAUGGACGAUGCAUGGACGUCCAUCGUCCAGGUUUUAUUGGACGAUGGACGUCCAUCGUCCAGGUUUUAUUGGACGAUGGACGUCCAUCGUCCAGAUUUUAUUGGACGAUGGACGAUUUUUAUUUAGCUACAGCCGUUUCAACAAAUUCCGUCUCCAAAUUCAGUCUCUGGCUAUCACUUCGUCACUAUACUAUCAAUUUGACACACCUUAAUCACCUUAAUACUUACUUACUUAGUGAAAUUGCGGUGCCCAAGUUUGGCACUGCAUUAUAUCCUGCAUGUGAGUUUGUCCGUUUGUUAGUGUGUUCGCAUCAAUACGUUUCCUUAAUCGCCCUAGUAAAAAUUCCUUGCACGUGCUCGAAAUUUAUUCAUGCAUUUUUGCGGGAAAAUUAAUCUUGGACUCUCAGGACCGACUGUUUGCUGGGCUUUAUCUCUGGUUUUAUGCGCCAAACAUAGACAAAAAUACCACUGUUCGAAGCAGCGUAAAACGUUGUAUUUAUGCAUGGGAAAUUGAUUUCAAAAUUGAUUAAUUUUCUAUUCCAGCGAUUCAUGGGUUUUGAAAGACAAGCCGCUCAAAAUAAAAUACCACCAUUCGAUUCAGCGUAAGAAAUUGUACUUACGGAUGUCAAAUGUAUUACGAAACAACAGUAUUCUAGCGAUUUAUGGCCUUUGAAAGUCAAGCGAAACUGUUUGUUGACAAAUCGCUCAAAAUUAUUAAACUAAUUAAAAAUGCAGUAAGUUUGAUAUAACUUUGGUAUCGUUGGUUUUCUCUUUUCGGCCGUAUACCAGUAUAUUCAUCUCACUUUUCUCUUCAUUUUGAUAGUAUUUCAUGUGCUAAACCUGGACGAUGUACGUCUAUCGUCCAUCGUCCAAUAAAACCUGGACGAUGGACGUCCAUGCAUCAUCCAUCGUCCAUGGACGUCCAUCGUCCAGGUUUUAGCACAUGCCGCGAGCAUCCCGCAUAGUCACAGAGAGAAAAAUCGACAAAACACCGUUAGUAAAAUUAUCCUUGUUUAUGGUUAUGUUGGUUUUAGAGCUAGUUUCUUUCUGCUUUUUAAAAUAUUACGGAUAUAUUUCUUGUGUGUAGUUCAAAUAGUUCAAACACCUUGCCAACCUUAGGUAUACUUUAUAUAACUAUACGUCAGUUGGGCCGAUAGUGCAAUCAGGUGACGAUUUAAUAUAAGCUACACUAAGCAAUACAUUUCGCUAAUUUGUGAUUAUUUUCGUUAAUUUUAUCAUUUCACUGCAGUUUUAAUUUAAAUUCAGUCGUUUAAUGGGCUGCCUAUAUGCAAAUAGUAGGGAGCUUUAGGGACCGGUCAUUAAUAAUGGGAGGGGGGUGGGGGCGUUGGGUGAUAAAUACCAAAUAUUGAACAUUUUUGAAGCCGCCCCGAUCGCGAGACCUUUAUUUUCAAGACACCCCACCUUCAUCUAGAAAAUUUAGGACUCCCCCAGGACUCCCCCAGGACAACAUUUAAUUCCUUACAUUUUUUGGUGUAAAAUAUCAGGCCUUAAAAUAUCAUUUACAGGGCCGUCUGACAAAAUGUCCGAUGACGUUGAGUUUGGGUCGGACAUAUGUCCGAUGAUCUUCAGUUCAGUUUUGACUCGGAAAUAAGUCUGAAUGACACAAAUGAAUAUCAGCACAAUGUAUUAAUUCUGAACGGUAAAUGUUGUGAAGAUAUUAAAUAUUUUUUUUCUUUCAUACUUAUUUCCAAGCCAAAAUUAACUUGCUUGCCAGAACAGCAGUUUUAAAAAGACUUUGACAACUUAAGCUCGUUUUCCACUUCACCAUUUCGCUCGCAGCCCCGCGCUCGACUACGUUAAAACAAUAUCUCCAGAUCACAUUCUAUACAAUGGUACUCUGAUUUCCCAUUUAAUAUACACGCCUCUAGUCCUGGUCUAGGAUACAUUUUGAUUUACGAUGGACAAAGCUACAUUUCGGUCGGACACCAAUUCACUCGGGUCGGACAAACAAUAAACCUCAGUUUCACGUAGGUCGGACAGAAUGUCCGGUGGUUUCUUCUCUACGUCGGACAAUUUCACGAAUGGGUCGGACAAUGUCCGUGACCGACCGAUAUUUUAAGGCCUGAUUUAGGGUACCCUGUUCACAGCAUUAGAUAACUCACAUGCCUAGCUAGUUACUAUCAGUGGUGGACGGACAGUUUUUAUUAUUUUUUUUUUUUUUUGGGGGGGGGGGCUAAUUUAUCCAACAUAUAAGAAUUUUUCCCGGAAAUGUUGGCAACGUUUGAGGGGGCUAUACCCCCCCCCUAGCCACCGCUGUUCCGCCACCUAUGGUUACUAUUGUUCUAGUUUACAUAAAACAAAGGUUUAAAUUCAAAUUCCCAACCCUUCUCAAAUUCCCCACCAUAACGGAGAUUUAGAACAUCAAAUUCUCCCACUCCCUGGAAACAUUUUCGAGUCAAAUUUUGGAAUAUGUCCCCAGGAUGACGAUGUUUUAAGUUCAUUGAUAUGUAAUUCUAAUGUUUAGUUUCCUUUGUUCUAUUCUAUGCUUCUAUAAACUAGAACAAUAGUACUGCACAUGAAAAAAAUAGGGAAAAGGAAAGGAAGGAGGGAAAGGGAAAGAAGGAGGGAAAGUGAAAAAAGGAGGGAAAGCGAAAGAAGGAGGGAAAGGUAAAGGAGGGAAAGGUAAAGGAGGGAAAGAAGGAGGGAAAGAAGGAGGGAAGGAAGGAAGGAAAGAAGGAGGGAAAGAAGGAGGGAAAGAAGGAGGGAAAGAAGGAGGGAAAGAAGGAGGGAAAGAAGGAGGGAAAGAAGGAGGGAAAGAAGGAGAGAAAGUGAAAGAAGGAAGGAAAAGGAAAAGAGGGAAAGGGAAAGGAGGGAAAGGGAAAGAAGGAGGGAAAGAAGGAGGGAAAGAAGGAGGGAAAGAAGGAAGGAAAGGGAAAGGAGAGAAAGAGGGAGGGAAAGUGAAGGAAGGGGGGAAAGAAGGAGGGGAAAGAGAAAGAAGGAGGGAGGGGAAAGGAAAUAAAAGAGGGAAGGAGGGAAUAGAGAGAAAAUGAAAGGACAGUUAGGAGUCCGGACCGCUUCAGGAUUGGGGAAGAAAGUAUCCCUUCCAAAAUUUUUUUUUUUUUUUUGGGGGGGGGGGAGAAAGUAACCCGGCCCUCUGGUAGUUAUACACCCCUGACUAUUUUCAAUCAGUAAGUGGUAGGCACGCAGAAUAGAAAUUUAUUUGCCUAUUUAUAAAAUAGACUAAACGAAUUAUUUGCUGUUUAUAAAAUAGACUAAACGAAUGCUUUGACUAUUUAUUAAGCAGCAAUAGUUUAGCUGUUUACUGCAUGAUUACAGCUAUACCCUAUUGCCACCCUCCUAUUAGCCUGAGUAAACAGCCGCCUAUUAUUGCUCGUUCCUCCCAAGAGAACGAGCAAUAAUAAGCGGCUUUUUACUCAGGCUACCCUCAUAUAUGACAUGCAUAUGAUAAACAACUUCAUUCAAAAUCCAUCAGGAAAUUGCACCCAACUCGACGUACCCUGCCCUGAACAGCUUCAUUAAUACAUUUUUGGAGAUCCUUGGUGGCAGCGAUAAAACCAUUCGAAUAAUUGACCUGGGAGCUGGUACUGGCUAUAUUGCUAUCGAGCUAAAGAAACAUGGCUUCAUCAAUAUCGAUGGCCUGGAUUUGUCUUCGGAAAUGUUAAAGAAAGCCAAGGAAAAAGACGCAUAUCGAAAUUAUAUCUGUGAAGCUAUAACAGAGAAACGGCUAGAUAUACCUACCGGAGCUUAUGAUGUUGUCUUGAGUGCUGGAGCUGUGACGUCUGGUUAUAUAAAAGCAAGUGCAUUUGAUGAAAUUUUGCGUUUAGCAAAGCCAGGUUAGUUUAAAAUCGUGGGCAAGGGCGUUGCUCUGAAACAAGCCACAAUACGUGGGAGCUUAAUCGGUGUACAUGUUUCAUUAAGUGCAUAGGACAGUGAAGCAAAUGCAUGGUGGUCAACUCUAAAAGGAAACACAGAGACGUGUGAAACGUGACUAAAUUAUUCACUUUAUGCACUGACUGGCUGUAGUGAAUUCUGUAUUGAAAUGAAAAUAUUUAGCAUUUUCCAUCUCCCCGCCGGCCAUAAGUCUCGAUGGUGUAACUUUACUUUUUUGACCACUUGAGUUGCCCUCUGGGCAAGUUGGACAUGAAAAUUGGUUGCCUUGAAAAAAAUUCAUUUGCCAUCGGACAAUGGCCACUGGGGUACCUACAAUCGUGGACAUAACUUGUUAAUAAAAUUUACCUCUGUGAGAGUUUAAAUUGUAGUUUAAUUCCUGUAUUUUGUCUAAAACAUCCCCCCCCCUUCCCACAACACAAUGUUGUUGAACAACGUUUAAAAUGAGAGGAAAAUCAUGGCAACAUUGGGUGUGUGGGGGGGGGGGACCUGUAUGAAGUUAUUUGAUUGUAUUUUCCUAAAAUGUCAAUCGAUUUUAUUAACACUUUUGUCCAUGAUUGUCUCCAAUAAAUUGCAGUUUUCCCAGUUAAAAUGCAAUCAACUGUCGAGGGCUUUACGGUUCACAAUGUAUAUUCCUUUCAGCCGAGAUUUGUAAGCUUCAAAACGAGACAAAAACAUUUUUUCGACUAUAUGUGCUUUAUAAACAAAAAAACGCUGAUCAACACUAUAUGUUAGUUUAACCAGAUAGAUUUGCAAGUGCUUUUGAUGCAACCAACAUGCAUGUGCAGUACAUAAACUUAGAGUUUGGAGAAGGCUUAGUGAAAAAAUGCAUUAGACAAAUUAAUUGUACAUCUUCUGCUCUUGCUAACUGUAUAGUUCGUAUUAAAUCACUUUAUAUCGUAGUUUGGGGCGAAUAUCUACCUCUGGUUUCACGUCACGCUGAAACGGUUAACCAUGCAUGGUUAACCGUGACGGUUAACCACCGACAAUAAUGAGAGAUGUUAUGUUUGCUGGCAUACUUGUGUAGACAUUGUUGCAUUUUUUACAUUUCCAGAAAAUGCAGGAUUGUAUCAGAGAAGAUCAAGUUAUCACAACUGCGAAUUGUGCAGAAAUACGAUGUUCAGCUAUACGGUUAACCUCUUGUUUUAAAAGCUAUUAAAGACAUCAAAUAUUUUAUGGAGAUAGCGUAGCCAGGUCUAGACAUAAUUAAAAACAUAAACGUUCUCUGACUAAAAUUUUAUUUAAAACGAGCUUUCGACUACCUAACUGUAGUCUUCGACGGGUAAAGCGGAAUCUUCCUUCUGCGGAAUGAUUCCGCUUUACCCGUCAAAGACUACAGUUAGGUAGUCGAAAGCUCGUUUUAAAUAAAAUUUUAGUCAGAGAACGUUUAUGUUUUUAAUUAUCAAAUAUUUUAUCAAUUUUAUGGUGAACCGUGCUUAAAAACCCAAAUAAGCAAAUGGUAACCAUAAUUACGAUAUAAACAUUUAAAAGAAAGUUCAUUCAUGUCUAAUGAAUAGGAAAACUACAAAAUUUAUCAUCCCAUAACGUUGCUUGCAAUAAUUUCUAACAUUUAUGGCCAUGGUUAACCAUCUGGUUAAGCGUUGCAUUGUUAAUUACUGAGGUGCGACACCCUAGAGAGCUGGACUGCACAGGUAUAUAACAAUACAAACGUUGCGCUUAUCACGUGCCGAACCUAAUGUAAAUGACCUAUGGCUAUAAACUCAUUAUUUGAGCUCUUUUGUAUUACUAUAUUAGGUUAAUAGUUGGACAUUUGAACUACUAGUUCUUACCACUGUAUUAGAGUGACAAUGAAAAUGAAAUAUUGUUCAUCUGAAUUAUCUGUGCUCACCUUCCUGUAAUUUUAUUUUAGGCGGUUAUAUUAUUUUUACUAUACGCAAAUCCGCCAUGGAGCAAGAUCAGUUUGGAUUUUCUACAAAAUUCCAGCAAUUUAUAAACGAAGGGAAGUGGCAAGAAUUGAAGAAAUUUCUUACAGAUUAUGUAGUUGGAUAUCAUUCCGAUGAUGAAAACAAAGAUCUGACUAAAUGCUACGUAAUAGUUUACAAAGUAUUAAAGAAUGAAUAA